CAUGACCCUCCCAGCUGUAGCAGUCUCAACCUGCCUCGUCGACUCCACUGAGUUCCACGGCCCUGUUGCUAUUUGAGAAGUCAUAAAAGGUGAGCAUUUGGAGCACUCGCAGGUGCCUUACAUCUCAAUUAAAACGAGAAAAGAGAAACGAGAACACAUACUUGCCAUCUUGGAUUCUGCUGUGCUCUUGUAUUUACCACCUCUAUGCCUGUGCUGGUGAUGAUGGACAAGAAGAGGCGUUGUUGAUGACGGCGAUGGCAAUAAAAACAAGAAGCAGCAUGUGGUAGUUGGGAGAUCUCAAGGCACAACGAAACAACUUUGUUCACUCCCGCCCGUCCACAGCCUGUCAGUAGAGUGGCGGAGAGCGCAACUGCGCGAAUGGAAGAAAAUAUCUUAACCGCCCCUUGUUAGACAGCGUGGUUGCUAAAGUUUAGCAGAAAGAGAUAUGCUAAAUAACGCCGGGGAAUCCAUAGCGACUACGACAAUUCGCACAAGAGAGCUGCGCUUCGAAUUUGCUGAAAAUACCAAAUUUGGGAGAUGAAAUGAGGCAAUGCCUAAUCUCGCUCUGGCUGGUUUGUGAUUUGAAUAUCCUUCGUCGCUCGAAAUAGAAACCAAGAAACAGUUCUACCCCCGCCCAAAAUGGCGGUUAUCACCUGAAGAGCGGACUGAUACUGCUGCUCGUCCAAUCAACGCAGGUAUAAAAUUAGGGGGUUGAUUCAGGAGCGUUUCCGAUAAUAUGAAACGGAUCUACGCAGCGUAGAACCCGUUUCAGAUUUCUAUUUCGAGCUCUUGAAACCAAGUAAGACGUGCAGAACAAUCCUGCACGCAAAAAGGGGUGUUUCGGACUGUGACUGGUUCAAGGGAAACGGGCUUGUUUCAUCCUAAAUCAGCCCAGAAUAGAAACCAACCAUUUUAGUUUCUGUGGCUGGACGAGGAUCAAGGAAAGCCAUGGCCGCCAGCCAAAGACUGUUUCCAGCAGCACAGAGGACAGUUGCCGACCGACUUUCGCAAUAACCACCUAACUUACCAUGGCAUGGCGGUGAAGCCAGACGAGAUUGCUUCAUUCGAGCAUAGAACAAGCCUCCCCCGGCCAAUACUAAACCCUUCUGGUCGUUUUGUUAGACAUGAAACUUCGUUCUAGCCGUCAGAAAUGGGAUAUCGCAUGGCCAAGCGGAUGGAAAGAACAAAUCAAGCAUUUGUGGAUGGCUCGGCGGAUAUCUGUACUAUGCUAUGUUUAAUUUCAUACAGGACAUUAUGCAUGGCUGUCGCGCAGAAGGGGGAAUUGGCCAGUGAAAAGGUCGUCGUAGGAUUUCCAGAGGACUGGGGUAGAAUAUGCAUAACAACUGCUGGCGCUGUGGGCUCUUGGAGAGGGAGAUGCCAGGUAUAAAGAUCGGUAAAUACUCUCGAUAUAACUCGUUGACAAUAAGUUGCCGAAUCACCAGUUACGGCGAGGAGCGCGACAAAAAAACGGACCAGGAGGAACGGCAUAUCAUUACUCUGCACAGGAUGUCAUUUACGGGGGGGCAAAGGCGACGCAGCCAACAGCAGGCGCCAGAACCCCGAAGUGGGUAGUUGGCGUGCUGUGAACCGCUUGAUUUUGGAGCUUGGGAUUUGCUGGAAAAGCCUGCAGGGAGUUUUUACCGCUGAGUUGCUGGUCGAGCCGCCCGGGUUGAACAACACAACCUAAGCACGCGCUGGACAGCAAAGCUUCGGGCACGAACCAGGGAGCGAAGCUUGGAGUUGCUGUUUUGCUGCUACUACACCCUGUGGCACAAAAGAUUCCCGCUGGAUGGUCAAUUGGCCGUCAUGGGUUUGCCGAGUUGACUUUGAUCCCGUUUUUUUUACUUGUUUAUUUAUUUAUCUUUGUUUAACACAGGGCCAGUUUAUACCCCAGGCUGUGCGGGAGGUUAACCAUAAGCAUACACAUAGCAGGCGGUUACAGUGGUGGAUCAAGGGCGGUGAAGUCGACCUUUACAGGCUGAGCAUGAUAUAAAAGAAGGUCUCCAGCCCAGAGAGAGAGCCUGGGAAGUUCAUUCAGAUGUUUGAUCGCCAUUGCAUCCGGUGGCCGAAAUUUCUUACUUACUUUACCCCCCGUUUCAGUGCCUCGAGCCUCUGUGACUUCGUUCCAUUGUCAAGGGCAGUUGUCGACAUCCCGGGACACCCACCACCCACCCUAUUGUCGCCUGAAAUUGUGCCCUAACUCUCUUCCCCAAGCCCACGUCAACCUGCUGCAGCUGGGACUCCUGGGAGCAACAAGCCGUCACCACCACCGCAAUCGCCCCAACUGCAUGACCGAAAGUGUGAUCACGGUUGUGUGGUCAAUUGCAGGCGCCUCCAUCCAAUCACUGCGCCGCAUUGCCAGUCCGCCGCCGCUGGGCCUUGGCUGUGCUAGGGCUUGCGCUACCCCGUGGUUAGGCUCUUUGCAUGCUAGUUGCUGCUAAACUUGGCCCUUGGAGUGUGCUGCUGAAACCGCCGAGCUGCUACUGGUCAGAUUUACGCGCCGACCCCCCAGCUGGCACCAGACAAGCGUCAUAUCAUCCUCACGCCUGGUUCCCUCCCUCCACCCUCCAAACCCAGAAGAAGAGCAACACACAAGGGUUGAAGUACCCUGUUCGGCUUCCAGGGAAAGUUAUUUGCUUUUCCAAUUCCUAAAUUCGUCCCAUACAGCGUGUUUUAUGUGUGUUUUCCUCCUCUCAGUCGUUCUCCAGCAUUCUUGUAUUAAAGCUCGCUACCGCCCGCACUUGUUACUUGCUUUCUUUCUUCGGUCUCGCUCCCCAAGGCUUCUUGACCUCCCAACCCUCUGGUGUGGCCAUUGAUUUGUACUUUCUUCGUGCCCGAGACAUUCACUUGUUGUAUCGGCCGCCUACUUUUUUUUUUUAUUACGGACAGUUAGUUACAAUCAUUGCCGUUCACCAUGCCUCCCUCUUCGAAGCCCGUCCUGCCUCCCAUCUCUACAUCAAAGUCUCCAACCUUCCCCUCUGAACUUCAUCAGAGCCCCGUGCAACUCAUGGGAAAGCUGGAGUGUCUCAAACAAGAGGAUGCUCUGCAGAAAACACCUAUCACACCCCCUGUGGCCUAUGCAGACUUCCUCAAGUCAGUCACUCCUGUCUUGACAAGUCCGAUGAGAACUGGCUCUUCUAUACUAUCUGAACGGAGCUCAGGACACUCGUCCCCAACCACUCAACCUUCAACUGCUAGCAGCACGUUCUUCUGUUCCUGCGACAGCCACAAGCCUCACAAGUCACCAGCUGUCUCCAUACCACCGCCAUCUCCAUUUGCUCACCCAAGAUCCGCCAGGACUCCCAAAUCCUUGCGCGCACUAAGAAUACCGCCAUCCCCAAGUAUGCGCUCACCCUUGAGCGCUUCGUCUCCCAAAAGCGCUUCUUGCACAUCAGCACGGUCGCAAUUUUCCCCAUCAGACUGGUGCGUCUCGCCAGGCGCUCGGUAUUUCGAACCUUCUCGAAGCGCAUCUGGACGGUCUGUUUGCGUUCGACAUGUUGUCACCCGCACAGUAACCUACAAGCGCACCCCACUGGAUCCAGCGCCCAAAGGCAAACGAAGGAAGACCAAUGAAUGAACGACUGGAAAAGAGCCCAAGCUUUUCUCAGUCUAUUCAUACCUAUAUUCCUCCCUCAUUCGACAUCACUCCAACCUUCCACCAUCCAUUGUCUCUACCGACAUGGCACCUACUAAUCCCAUCCUAUUACCUCUCCGUCAUAUCUAGGCCCAUUCAAUGCCUUGAGGGGGGCUUUGCUUGGCUAUACCAGCGACGAUACCCUCUUACGGCUUUAGUGUAUUAAUGCACACUGCACUGCGGCUGCAAAGGAGUGGCUCGCCCAUACCGCAAAGUGACAUGAGCUAUCCCCGCGACGGGCACGUUCCUCAUCAUCACUCCCACUCUGGAGGAACUUGUUCCAGUACGACGAACAAUCGUACCUUCCCGCCAGCUUACUAAAUUCCAGCAUUUAUCUAUGUGCUGAACCGACCAUCCAUCCUUCUUUUCUCCCACUUUUCUUUGAUGUCUUCUACCCUCCAGCUUGGAGUUUUAUGGAUAUAUAUACAUAUAUGUGGCCCGGUGUUCCGGUUUGGCGCGUGCGUGGAAUAUGUUACGAUUGGUUCUGUUCAUUAUGAUACGGGGGUUUUGGUUUGGUCCCCCAGGGUUGGUUGGUUGGUUUGCUCCCAUUUUACAUAUAACAUUCCAAAGAUCCAGCCAGGAUGUUGAGGGAACGGGCUGUAUCUGUAUGGUUAUUUGUUUUCCCCCUCUGCCCCGACGCCCUAUUUUUUGUGUUUCCGACGUCCUACACUACCCACUACGGUAUUUCCUUUGUAUUUGGCGCUCUUCUUUUAUUUAUACGGUUAUAACAUACUACCUACAUGUACCUGUCAUGAUCAGUCCAGGGAUAUCUAUACUUUUGCAUAUUACGUACAUAUACCUAUUUUUAUUUUUUAUUUUUUAUAUUUCGUUUUUGUUCCGCGUCUGUUUAUCAGUUAACCGUAUAUAUACACAUACAUAGCUCAUGCUUUCCAGCACGCGCGAACGGGUCGGUGCUGCCGCCUGCCUGAAUAUAUCCGACAAUCUAUCUUUAGCUCUUCAACAGUCAAUCUAUGUGAGCUUCAGCGUCCCUAGUAGUUAACGUAGUAAUUGCGAGCGUACAAGCAUCACCAAACGGAUCAUAGAACUUUCUCCUCACAUACAAUUAGCCGGGCAAUCCCCUUCCGUCACAUGGUUAACUAACUACCUCUAUCCCGUCCUCAACAUACUUUCUUUCUUGUCGGCCUUCAUCCUUCCCUCAUCCGCCUUCUGUCCCGAAACGCCCUCCCGACUCACAAGCCACAAGCCCAGAUCUAAACCAACAACCAAGAUCCGAGUGACGGCACUAACUAUUUAGUGGUCGCUUAAAAACCAGGCCCUGUGCGAAAACAUUAAUCCCCCCGCCUCCCCCCCUCCCAUUGGCUGCCUGCACAACAGUCAGUCGUGACCCAAAAAAGCAACGCGAUCAACCCCGCCAAGAGACUACCCGCCAGUCAUCCGCCUUGAUUUUUUUGGAAGAUGUUGGUUUUUGAGGGGGGGCAUGACGAAUGAGAAUGGGCUUGUCGCUGCAGACCAGACUCGAGGAUCUGCAUGGCUGAGUGGCUGGGCUUUUGGCUCCUGCCGGGGGAGGGGGGAGACGCUCCUUAAGAAUUGCAGAUUUGCGAUUGGUUUUAUCCAGCAUGUCGAAUCACAGGGUGCCGUGCAGGAACAGGACGGAUCGACACUCAGGGAGCAUGGGGAUUGGAGGUCCCGGGAUUUCUUGCAGG